CUGGUCUAAUAUCUCUACUGCGCAUGAAUACUUCAGUGUUUGUUGGCCUAUAUUAGGUGGUGAUAAUCUCUUGUCUUUCUCUUGGGUUUGUUGAAUAAAGCAACCACUAUGCUCAGAACUGUGUUAAUUCGAACUUUGCCUCGAGUCUUUGGCAUUUCCAAAUGUCAGUAUUCGGCGGCCACGAUCCCCAAACCAAGUGCACAGCCAGAAGUGCAUUAUAACAAGCUGUUCAUCAAUAAUGAAUGGCAGGAUGCUGUCAGCAAGAAGUCCUUCCCCACUAUCAACCCAGCUACAGGAGAGGUUAUCUGUUUGGUGGCUGAGGCAGACAAGGCUGAUGUGGACAAGGCUGUGAAAGCUGCCAGGGAUGCUUUCAGGUUUGGGUCACCAUGGCGACGCAUGGACGCGUCAGACCGCGGGCUACUUCUGAACAGGCUGGCAGACGCCAUCGAGAGAGACUCCGCCUACUUAGCGGAACUGGAGACCCUUGACAAUGGAAAGCCCUAUGCUGUGUCCUACAGUGUGGAUGUCCCCAUGGUGGUAAAGUGCCUGAGAUACUAUGCAGGAUGGGCAGAUAAGUGGGAGGGGAAGACAAUACCCAUUGAUGGAGACUUCUUCUGCUAUACCCGUCAUGAGCCCAUUGGUGUGUGUGGCCAGAUAAUCCCGUGGAACUUCCCUCUGUUAAUGCAGGCGUGGAAGCUGGGGCCAGCUCUGGCUACAGGCAACACUGUGGUGAUGAAGGUGGCUGAGCAGACCCCCCUCACUGCCCUGUAUGUGGCCAGUCUCAUCAAGGAGGUUGGAUUCCCACCUGGUGUGGUGAACAUCCUCCCUGGUAUGGGCCCAACUGCUGGUUCUGCCAUAGCUUCCCACAUGGAUGUAGAUAAAGUAGCCUUCACAGGAUCUACUGAGGUGGGUCAUCUGAUCCAGCAGGCAUCUGGUGCUAGCAACCUGAAGAAAGUCACUCUUGAGCUGGGUGGAAAGAGUCCCAACAUCAUCAUGUCUGAUGCUAACAUGGCGGACGCUGUGGAACAGUCACACUUUGCCCUGUUCUUUAAUCAGGGCCAGUGCUGUUGUGCCGGCUCCCGUACGUAUGUUCAGGACACCAUUUAUGAUGAGUUUAUGGAGCGCAGUGUGCAGCGGGCCAAGAAUAGAGUGGUGGGAGACCCCUUCAACCUGAAAACUGAGCAGGGUCCCCAGGUGGACGAGGAACAGUUCAAAAAGAUUAUUGGCUACAUCAGCAGUGGGAAACGUGAGGGGGCCAAGCUGAUGUGUGGGGGAGGGGUGGCUGCAGACCGUGGCUACUUCAUUGAACCAACCAUCUUUGGUGAUGUCCAAGACAGUAUGACCAUCGCCCGUGAGGAGAUUUUUGGGCCAGUGAUGCAGAUACUGAAGUUCAAGACUGUCGAGGAGGUAAUUGAUAGAGCCAAUGACACGAAGUACGGGCUGGCAGCCGCCAUCUUCACCAAGGACAUUGACAAGGCCCACUACAUCUCUAAUGGACUUCGUGCUGGCACUGUCUGGAUUAACUGCUACGAUGUAUUUGGAGCACAAGCCCCCUUUGGUGGCUACAAAUAUUCUGGUAACGGUCGUGAGCUUGGAGAAUAUGGCCUGGACAACUACACAGAAGUGAAAACAGUAACAAUCAAGGUCCCUCAGAAAAACUCGUGAAGCCACCUGAUCUCUGCCUCCAAUCAAGGAAACGAACCAACGAAAUGCCCCUCUAUAGGAAGGGCAGCCUUUAUUAAUAAUUGCACAAUUCUCAGAUGCUCAUUUAGACUUUAAUUGUACACCUGUGUAUGUACUUCCAGCUUCAUAUAUAAAACAACACAGAAUUAGUGCCAUUAUUUUCAACCAGCAUGAGCUAUGAGCUAUUGUAAUCUUUCUCUAACUCAGUCAUUUAUUUCAUAUUUUGAUAUGGUUAACCCCGACUACUAUAUAGAGUACUUUUGUAUGCCUGAAGAAUGACCAAAAUGUGAACUUUGAAAGAAUUUGGUAUAAUAAAUGAAACCAUAUUACUUGCUUA